AUGAAAAAUAAAACAAAAUUAAAAACUGAAACCAAGCGUGCGCCAAACUAUUCAGUUAAGGAAAAGAGUUUAUUAUUAAACAUUCUAUACGAUUUUAAGAACAUCAUAGAAAAUAAGAAGACGGAUUCUACCACUUGGCAUGAGAAGGAUGAAGCCUGGCAGAAUAUUACAAAUAUAUUUAAUUCGCAAACCGUUGAUUGUCCACGCUCCAAAGAUUCUUUAAGGAAAUAUUAUGAUAAUAUAAAAAAAUCGGUUCGAAAGGAGGUAGUGAAAGAAAAACUUCAUAUAAAACAAACUGGAGGGGGGGUCGCAGAAAAAACUGAAGGAGAUUGUACCAAAGAUUUAGUAUUAGGACUAAUAAACGAAAAAACAGUAUAUGGACUAAAUACCUCAUUUGGUGGAGAUACCAAUGAAAUACCGUCUAAUAUAGAUGCCAAAGUGACAAUGCCAGAUCAGGUUGAAACUACAGAAGGUGCAACUUCUGCAGCAUGUGAGAAUCCUAAAAAAGGUUGUUACGGCAUAGCAGAUGAAAAGCCAUCAUGUUCUUUAAGUGUCACAGAAAAGGACGAUUGGGCUAAUUUUUCUGCCAGUAAACUUAAAAAUCCAGUGACUCCGCAUCUUAAACAAAAGUGGACCAAAAGAAGGAGGCCCGGGAUAGUGCAGCCAGCAUCAAAACUUGAGGAAAAAUAUGAUCAUAUAGCAAACAUAAAGCAAGAAUUAUACCAUCUCGAAAAAGAACACAUUUUAAAGAGAGAGAAAAGGGAAGAACAUAUAUUUAAUCUAAAGAAAACAAAGUUAGAAUUGGACAUAAAACUUAGGGAGUUGGAACUCAAGAAGCAUUUAGAUGGAAUUUAAUAAUUAUAAAUUUGUUUGUGAGAAAUGAUUCUAAAAGCCAGUCUUUUCACCUCUGAGUAAAGUUGAAAGUAACUACUUGCUGAUUAAACUAUAGGAAUAAUGUUUGUUAAUCUGUCAAGUAAACCUACAUGUAACUUUACUCAGAGGUGAAAAGUUCGACCGUAAUUAUAAAGUAUAUGAUAGGUUUUGUUGAAAUAAAGAAAAGUUAACGAAAUAAUAAGUUUGUAUUCAAGCAAGUUAUAAAUUUUAAAAUAACUUUAAUGUUAAUAAAUACAAACACCAUUAUGCAAUACUAGAUAUAAUUUUAUUGUAUAAGAUUGGCAAAGUACACAUCAAUUAAAUUUCUUCUUGUUUGGAUUCCGAGAGCACCACCAGCUUGAGCUGCUGCAAUAUUGGGCACUCUGUCUUCCAUUAUUUCUAAAAAUUGAUUAAUAUCUUCUGGGUCAGGAGGAUCUUCUUCAUUGUUACUUCUGCAUAUAUUAUGAAGUACUCCUUUUGCUAUUACAAUCAUCAUUGUGGUAUCCAAUUUUAACCUGCAACCGUAUGCUAAAAUUGGAAACAUACGUUUCCACACGCCAAUCAAUCUUUCAACUGUAUUACGAGUUCUAAUGUGUGACUCGUUAUACAGCUGCUCGCCCGCCCAACAGGAUUUAACAGUGGUGUCAAUAAAUAUGGUUUUAAAUAAUAUCCACUGUCUCCUGAAAAUUAACAAAUUAUUUGACUAAAGUCCAGGUAUCUCAUAAAUGUACUGAAAAAAAAA